AUGUCAUCUUAUGAAAUUAAUUCUUUCGUUAACCGAACUUUACUACUUUCAAUGGGAGAAAAUGCAAUUCGUCCAGGCACAUCAAACUCACCAUUAACAACUAAUGAAAAAGAUAUAGUGAUUUUCGAAACAACACGUGUUCGAUUGCGCGAUGGUGUCGAACUUGCAGUUGAUUAUCUUGUGGUAUCAAACAUUGGACGUUUCCCAGUGAUUCUCGAACUAACACCUUAUGGACGUGGACCUGAUCGAGUCAAUUAUCGAUAUGAAGCCUCAUAUUGGCGUAAGUAUGGUUAUGCAUUUGUUAUUGCUGACUGUCGAGGUACAGGUGAUUCGGAUGGUGAAAUGGUAUUUUUUAGUCGUGAAGGUCAAGAUGGCUAUGAUUUGAUCGAAUGGAUCGCGAAUCAACCAUGGUCCAAUGGUCGUAUCGGAAUGCGUGGUUCGUCUUAUACUGGAACUAAUCAGUGGUUUAUUGCACGAGAACAACCACCGCAUCUCUCAUGUAUUACACCGAGUGCUACGAUGGGCCGUCCAAUGGAGGAUGCUCCAUAUCGUGACGGUGCAUUUGCGGUUGGAUGGGCAAUCAACUGGAUUAGUCGUGAUUUGAAUAUUAAUGUAUCACUGAUAAACCAGCCACAUCCCGAUCCUAUGAUGUGGCUAAAUCAUCGACCACUUCGAACAUUGGAUCUCUAUGCAACAGGAAAAAAGUUGUUACUCUACCGGACAUUUCUUGAUCAUCCAACAUAUGAUCAUUUCUGGCGUAGUAUCGAUUUCGUUCCGGACGACUUUGCACGUAUCACAAUUCCGUCACUUGCUUUCACCGGUUGGUUCGAUGGUACUAUGUAUGGAACAAUCUGGCGUUUUCAAGAAGCACGUUCUUAUGCACCCCGAAGUGAUGAUCAAUUUCUUAUCAUCGGUCCUUACACACAUGGAAAUGCGCCUGAUGGUGG